AUGUUUAGAGAUGCCUGGAUUGCAGGAGAGCGACCUUAUUGGAUUGGGGACCAUAUCUGGAAUCAAUUGCUAGAACAUUGGAAUUCUCCUUCUUAUCGCAAUAAAUGUAUUACAACUCAGAGGAAUAGAGCUUCAAAAAAGGGUGGGACCCUACACACAGGUGGUUCCAUUACCACUCAUGAGCAUGCCCUUCGUAUGGCAAAAGAGUUGGGGCGAGAGGCAUAUAUUGAUGAGGUAUUUUACCAAACUCAUAUUCGCAAAGGAUCUGGCCAGUUUGUUGAUGAAAGGUCUCGAAGAACACAUCAAGACUUUUCAACUAGACUUUCACAGGUCAGAUCUGAGCAAGGAUCUUGUGCUAAUACGUCAGAGCAUGAUGAUGAUGCUGAUAAGGAAGACGUCAUUAGGACACAGUGUUGGGUUGAUGUUGUCGGCGAAAAAAAUAAAGGAAGACUUUAUGGCACUAGAGAACUUGGCAAAGGUUUCACUGCUGGAAGAGGUAUCCACAAACAACAACCAUCUUCCAGCAAUGCUGAGGAGGCCGUGAACCGACUCACGCAACGACUAGAAGAACAUGACCAGGCUUAUGAAAAUUUGAGAAGUCAGUUUCAAAACUUCCAAAAUCUAGUCAUGGCCUUUCUACCUACUGAUGCCCACAACCGUCUUCAACAACAGUCCGACCCAACACUGCCCCAACAACAACCCAUUACAGUCCAGCCCACUACGGUGCAGUCCACUCCAGUCCAACCCACUCUAGUCCAGCCCACUCCAGUCCACCGCAGUCCAGCCACAGACUGA